CCUCUCACUCGAGACACGUUCGAUUUCCCGCCACUUUUCGCCGGCGCGCGAGUUUCCACAACGCGGGUGAGGUUAGUGUAUUUACAUUUAUCAAUAACAUUUUUUAUUAAGUAGUAGCUUGUUAUAUGAGUAUUCAUCAGUUCUGUGAUAUACUUUGUGCCGUGAACGUGCUGUGAAGGUUUCGGUUGUGCAUGUGAACAACAAUUGAAAUACAAAAUAUAGUGAUUAUCUGUUUUAAAUUGACAAGGCCUUUGAACAGACCGCCGAAGAUGAGUUCAAGCGAAUUUAGGAUAGAGCGCAACGUUGAGUUGUCGCCUGAAACUAAGAAAAUCGCUGAAGAGGAGUUAAGAGAGACACCCGAGAGAGUAAGAGAAGCCAUAGAGCGCCUUCGAGAACUUCUUAAGGAGAAUGAUGACUUGUACUAUAGCGAUGACGACGAGAUGUUGACUAUUUUCCUGCGGCCUUGCAAAUGGUAUCCCGAAAGUGCAUUAGCAUUGAUGCGUCGCAUAGCUGAAUUCAGGCGCGAUAAUGCAAAUUUACUCGACGGUUUAAUACCUGAACAUGAAGAGGAAGCCUUCCUGCGAUAUAAGAUGGCCAACGUUAUGAAGGGUCGUGACCAUAAAGGAAGGAGAGUCCUGAUAGUUAAUGUUGGAGGUACCUGGGAUCCGAAGAAAGUGAGUGCUGAUCAAUUGUUCCGGUUAUUCUAUCUCAUCCACGUGGCGUCUCUGUUGGAACCGGAGUCUCAAGUUCGAGGUUGCGUCGUGUUGAUGGACUACAAGGACAUGGGCAUGGCACAGGUACGAGCAAUGUCUCCGUCCUUCUCCAAGAGGCUGCUGACGUUCAUACAAGACGCGAUGCCUAUGCGGCUGAAGGAGGUGCACUUUGUCAACCAACCUUACGUGUUCAAUCUCGUAUGGGCUCUAUUCAAGCCAUUCAUCAGGGAGAAACUAAAAAACAGAAUGUUCUUCCAUGGCUCGAAGAUGUCGUCGCUUCACAAAUACUUAGCUCCGAGCCACCUGCCUGCCGACUACGGUGGUGAUCUACCCGCCAUCGACUAUUCCGGUGCAGAAUGGUAUCCAGUCCUCAACGACGCCAUACAGCAUAUAAAUAACUGGAAUACUUAUGGUAUUAAAAAGUAACGUAGGAACAAAAGCAAGUGAAGUCGAUAUUUGUAGUUUAUAAAUGCCAAUUUAAUUAGGAUAUAAUUUAAAAUUUUAAAUAAAGAUAUAUUAAUUUGGUCUUCAUGAAAAAGAAUAUAAUUUAUUUAAGGGUAUAUUUUACUUGCUCUACAUGAACUAUUCAGCUUAACAGGAAUCUCAUGUCAAAUAAUAAUAUUAUAGGGGUGUAUCCAGAUAUAAGAUAAAGUCUGUCAGUACUCAUGAAAUUUACAAAUGCAGUAUGAAAAUACUUACGAAUAUACUAACUAAAGCAUUUGUUAACGCGAUUAGCCUGAUCGGGCGUUUAUGACAUCAAUAAACUGAAUUAAAAUUUUACUAAAAUUCCUAUGGAAUAUUAUGAUUUGGACACGACAUUUCUCUUUUUACUAAAUACUUCACUUUUGAUAAUGAGUAACUGUAAAAUAACUUUAGUUCUUAAAUAUUCAACAUUUUUCAUCUAAAAUAUAUAACAUCGUCACCUACUAACAGAAAAAAAAAUAUAUAAAUUAUGUUUGUUUAAAAUUAUAUUAAUCAAUUGUAAAGCAGAGCCUGAAAGUAAAAAAAUACCCGUGAAUAAUCAAUAUCUCUAAUAAAUAUAAAUGCGACGAUAAUAAAAUUAAUAUUUAUAUUAAUUUUAUCGUCUAUGGUCAAACAAUCAGUUAAUCUGGAGUCACAUUAUUAAGUUCAGUCCGGACAGCCCGUGCCGACCGUGCUGUACUAUUGGCGCGCAUCCAAAGACCUGACCAAUGCACCAAUUGAACGGCGUCAUCGACACGACCUGUCCGACUCUUAUCGGAAACUUGUGGGGGCUCUUAUAAAUUUACAACUAGUAUGUACGUAAAGAUUCUGUUUGAAGCAUUCCAAUUUACAAUAACUAUAUAUAUAUAAUUAUAUAAAUAUUAGUACUUAGUGAGUUUUACAAAUAUUUCUUCAUUUAUCUUUUAAUUAGUGUAUCUCCGCAUGUAUAAUUAUUUGUAAUAUUGCAUCUGAAAAUGAUUUAAUAUUUAAAUUGAUAAAUCAUGAAAU